AUUGAAAAUUUGUGACAGUUGCAGGAAGAGGAGUGUUGUGUGUUUUGACAUUCUCGCGUUUUUAUUGUUGUUUAUUUACGUAACAAUGAAAGAAUGAACGAGUGAUUCAUACCUCAAGUGCUUUUAAUUACUUUAAUUAAUCGAAUUAACAAUAAAAAUGUCACUGAGUGCCAGUGCUGAGAACCUAACAGUGGAAACCCAGAAUAAUUUAAAGGACUAUGACGGCUCCAGCAAUAUGUGCUUAGAACUGGCCUUGGAGGGCGAGCGACUGUGCAAGGCGGGCGACUGCAGGGCUGGAGUGGCUUUUUUCCAAGCCGCAAUCCAGGCCGGAACUGACGACUUGCGGACGCUAAGCGCCAUUUACAGCCAACUCGGAAACGCAUAUUUUUAUCUAGGAGAUUAUGGCAAAGCCAUGCAAUAUCACAAACAUGAUCUCACUUUGGCCAGGACAAUGGGUGAUAAACUGGGCGAAGCGAAAUCCUCGGGCAACCUGGGCAAUACUCUCAAAGUGAUGGGGCGAUUUGACGAAGCGGUGGUGUGCAGUAAACGGCAUUUGGAGCUUUCAAGAGAAUUGGGCGAUAGAUUAAGCGAAGGCCGAGCAUUGUAUAAUUUAGGAAAUGUCUUUCAUGCCAAGGGAAAACAUAUUGGGAGGGUGGGGCACAAGGAUCCGGGGGAUUUUUCAGACGAUGUCAAGGGCUGUCUCCAAGAAGCUGUCACUUAUUAUGAGGAAAACUUGACACUGAUGCGCGAACUCGGCGAUGUAGCGGCACAAGGAAGAGCUUGUGGUAAUUUGGGCAACACGUUUUAUCUAUUGGGCGAUUUCGCACAAGCCAUACAUUACCACGAAGAAAGACUAUCGAUAGCGAGACAAUUCGGCGAUAAAGCAGCCGAAAGAAGGGCACAUAGUAAUCUCGGAAAUUCGCAUAUUUUUAUGGGACAGUUUGAAGAAGCCGCUCACCAUUACAAACGAACUCUAGCUCUGGCUCAGGAAUUAGGCGAUCACGCGGUCGAAGCUCAGGCUUGUUACAGUUUGGGUAACACUUACACGCUAUUGAGAGAUUAUGAAACUGCCAUCGAAUAUCAUUUGAGACAUCUUUUAAUCGCGCAAAAUUUGGCCGAUCGUAUAGGAGAAGGUAGGGCCUGUUGGUCGUUGGGUAACGCGAACGCGUCGUUGGGAAAUCACGAAAAGGCGCUGCAAUUCGCGAAAAAGCAUCUUGAAAUUAGUAAAGAGUUGGGUGAUCCGAUGGGUGAAGCGACGGCGAAAAUGAACAUUGCUGAUCUACGAAAAAUCCUCAAUUUGCCCGACAGUCCCGAAUCGUGUGAUAGUGAUUCGCCGAAAGAGAACGACGUCACUCACCAGAGGAUACAAAGGGUGAGACGUGAAAGCAUGGAACAGCUUAGCCUGAUUAAGUUGACUCCCGACGGAAAACAACGUCCCGGCUUCACACUUCCCCCCAUGAAGGCGCCAUCACCAACCAAAAACGAGGACGACGACUCCUUCUUCGAUUUGUUAUCCCGCUUCCAGUCAAAACGCAUGGACGACCAACGCUGCUCUCUGACGAUAGACAACAAGGAAAACACCAAUGUGGUGAAUCUCCCACGUAAUGAGGGCCCCGACGACCUCAUCGACAUGAUUGCUGGGAUGCAGAGCAAGAGGAUGGACGAGCAGAGAGUGGCGUUGCCACAUCUUCCCGGAUUGCAGUCGUCGUCGUUGCAGAAGUUGGCCGAGUCGAGGAAUAACAGCGUUCCCGAUGACAAUUUCCUGGACCAGUUGGUGCGGUGUCAAGGAUCAAGGUUGGAGGAUCAGAGGUCGCCGCUCCCGGUGCCGGCGGUUGAUGUGGAGGCGGAUCCACCGCCGGCGAGGAAAAGCGGAGCGACGGUGCCCGACGAGGAUUUUAUCUCGUUGAUCAUGAGGUUUCAGUCGGGGAGGAUGGAUGAUCAGAGGGCGGCGGUGCCGAGGGUGGAACACAGAAUGGCCAAUGGCAACGUCCCACAUGCAACAAAUGGUAUUAGUAAUAAUUUUAAAAGCAAUUCUUCUGGCAAGAAGAAGAAGUAAUACGAAUAAAUUAGAGUAAGUAAAUUUGAAAAACCCCAUAUCUGAAUUUUUAUUUCGAUUGACUGCCAUUGGAGCAUGUACGAUAAAGAGACCUAAAGUAAAGUGUAUGCUUUUUUAUAUUUUUAUAUGUUUAGUAAAUAAUAUUGUUGUAUCUAUACUUUCUCUUAAUUUUAAUAUAUUCGAAUUUUUAUUCGUUAUGUAAUGGAUUAUCCAAUGCGUAAACUUAAUCUACUUUUGGUAAAAUUUAAUCAACGCUUCAUUCUUUAUAUUUUGCUCAUUUAGGACUAACAAACCCUGACCAAAACAUGCUCUACUCUGUUAUGAAAUAGUUAAAGUUCCAGUGUAAUGUGACUCAUGGAUCUUGUUAUUUGAAAUUUGUUGCCACACUUGUAAUAUUGCGCCUAAAAUGUGAGCUCAUAUUUACCUAAAGUAUUAAACGUGCAAAGUGCCAAAAGGAUGUGACUGUGGCAACAGAUUUUCUGCAUGUCCCAUCUCGAAAUUUCUCUCUGUCCAGCUGAAUGCUUUACACAUUGAAUAAUGUGAAAACAAUUUAGACAAAUGUUUGCCAAAGAUGUUUCAAAUAUCCACACGUUUAUUAAUAGACUGUUGAAUUUCUUCCUCUUUUUAUGAAAGAUUUAUAUGAGAAAAUUCAUGUGUUACAAACUGAAAGUGUAUUGUUAUUUAAAUGGUACAAAGUAGGAAAAUAAAUUUUAUCAGCGGAA